AUGAACUUAUCAAGGACUUCUCCCAGCUUAAAUGAUGCGCCUGGCCUGCUAUAUGCUGGAUUCAACCAAGAUUACGGCUGUUUCGCAGUUGGUCUUGAUAAUGGUUUUCGAGUCUACAAUUGCGAGCCUCUGAUAGAGCAAGCAAGAGACGAAUCGGAUGAAGGCGGCAUUGCACUCGUAGAAAUGCUGUAUCGUACAAAUUACCUAGCACUUGUGGGUGGAGGCAGAAAUCCAAGAUAUCCACCCAACAAGGUGAUCAUUUACGAUAGUGUGAAAGGGAAGCCAGUGCUAGAAUUAGAAUACAAGAGCGAAGUGAAAAACGUCAAACUACGAAGAGACAGACUGACUGUAGUGCUGCAAAACAAAGUAUUCGUAUAUCAUUUUGCUUUACCACCACAACUAUUGCAUACAUUCGAAACAUGUGACAAUGAAAGAGGCCUUGCAGCAGUAUCCACAUCGCUAAAUCAUGCAAUACUGAUCAUUCCUGGUCGACAAAAGGGACAUUUACAGAUCAUUGACUUGAACUCGCUAGGCUACUACAUAUCCGUAGGCGAAUCAGAUCCUUUAUUCACAGCAGUACCUACACCCAAUAACACCAGUAGCAAUACGAGAAGAUCGAUCAACGUGAGUAUUAUAGCAGCACAUUCAGGCAAACUGAGCUGUUUAUCGCUGAAUCAAGACGGAUCCAGAUGCGCGACUACGAGCGAUAAGGGGACAUUGAUCCGAGUAUUCAAUACUGCAACUGGCAUACUAUUGCAUGAACUACGACGUGGUAUGGACAGAGCAGAGAUAUACUCCAUCGCCUUCAACACAGAAUCCACUCGCAUCUGUGUCUCAUCAGAUAAAGGGACAAUACACAUCUUCAACUUGGAUCCAUCUGUUGUAACGCAUGUAGAUCAUAAACCUCGUGGCCCAACCUAUGGUGAGGUGGUUGACUAUCCAGCUGAAUCAGCUACCCACUAUGGCUUGACGACUACGGGGAAUAGAGGCAGUGCGCUCAGUUUUAUGAAGGAUUUGCUGCCAAAAUACUUUAGUUCGGAGUGGAGCUUUGCUAAUGCAAAGAUUGCGACUGAGAGUAGGUGUCUGGUGGCAUUUGGAAAUCAAAAGAAUUCAUUCACAGCUAUUUGUGCUGAUGGCAGCUGCUACAAGUUUUACUUUGAUCCAAGAAAAGGUGGCGAGUGUAUAAGGGAGUCCUUUGUGCGUUUUUUGAAGCGAGAUUAG